UAGUUCUACAUUCCGUACACUGUGAACUUGAGGUGCACUUGUAGAUUCUCACUCAUUUGGUAUCUGAAUGCUCAGCUAUCCAAACCCUCUGAAAAGACACAUUUGUUCACUCAUUCACUGCGUUCCACAAACCCGUUCACUGUUUUUCUCUUGUUCAGAACUUGACGUCUCUUAAAAAUGGACGCCCGCUUCAUUUUUGAACAAGUCCGAAAAAUGAGACCGUCCUCUUUCUCAGAAGAAGAGUGGCAUCGCUACCGAGCAGAAAAAAUGAUGCUGAGGCAGUUUAUGCUCAUGAAGCAGCAGGAUCAGGUUCCUGAUCAUUUAUCUGUCAGAGACAUGAAGACCUGGCUGCUGACAGGAAGAAGCUUCCUGGAGGAGUUUCAGGAAAUAAUCGAGAGGACAGGGAUAAAUCACCUGUUCAUGGCUGAAUUGGCCUGGACCACAGCGAGGCACUUCUGUCUCAGUCAGAUGGAAGAAGAGCUCCUGGAAGAGCUGGACAAAGAAAAGCAGCUUUCACAGCUGUUCAGCAGGAAGGUCACAUUGGAGGGCCUUCAGAUGUUUGUCUCAGUCGUCCGCCCAGCAGCAGAGGAGGAUGUACAAACCUUCCUUCCAUCUCUGCACAGCAAGCUGCUGAGAAUCUUUGGUGGCAUUCAGAUCACCAGCCGUCCACUCUCUGCGGGGGACGCGAAACCAGCAGAGCUCUUGGAGCUUGAACACAGUGCUGCACGCCUGGUACCAGAGGUGGUGGAAACCGCUCUGAAGUUCCUCCUGAAGGAACCAGAGCGGGGAAACAAGAUUGAAGCUGCCAGUGCUGAGAUUGGCAAACUGCUGACUAAUUCAGCAGCUCCCUGCCUCUCUCAGUUUGGAUCUGUAUCAAAGACUCUUCUGCUUAGGGUCUGCACUAUUGCGGCCCAAUUCAUGGUCAAAGCCAUCUAUAAGAGGUUUGACGCGCGCUCCAAGUCCUUCCACCAGAUGUACUACGAUGAAAGCUUUUUCUCUGCCAGAGAUGGCGUCAUAUCUGCCAUUCAGGACAUGGACCAUGAAGUGCACCUUCAGCUCUGCACCUCAGAGGUGCUGAAAGACAGACCUCUGGAGAAGGGGGAGGCUUCUCCACGAGGCUCUCUGGAUGAAGACAUGGCCACUACACCAAAUGAUGCGACUGAGGACACAUUUUUGGUCACACUCGACGCCAAUGUGGCUGUGUUCGUGGCUGAUGAGCUGCAGCGGGAGGAAGUGAAGGAAUCAGAGAAAGAGGAAACCCAGGUUCAGGACUCUGCCGUCCGGAAUAUGGACCACGAAGUGCAAACUGAUGCAUCCACUCAGGGUCAUGUUGGCCUCAGCAGCUCAGAGGGGCUGGAAGAGCAACUUCAGGAGAAGAGGGAGGCUUCCCCGGGAGUCUCUGUGGACGAGGAGGUGGCCACUAUGCAAAAUGACGUGACUAAGGACACAUCCUUGGUCAGACUGGAGACCAGUGUGGUUGUCCACAGUGUGGAUAUUGAGCUGGAGGUACUGCAGCAGGAGGAAGUGGAGGCAUCUGAGACGCAGGAAUCCCUGGUUCAGGGCUGUGCUGUAAAGGAGAAGAAGGGAGUUCGUGCCAUCUUCCGUAGUUUCUGGGAGAGGAUGACAUGCUGCUUUUGUGUUUCCACUGAGGACUAAACCACAGCAAUCUCUCUGCAAUAAUAUUAUUAAAUACAUUAAAUAAAUACUAUUCAUUUUAAGUCAUU